AUGGUUUCAGGACCUCCUUGGGGUAUAAGUCCCACCCCAGAAAGUACCCUCUCUGCCCCCAAUGCCACCACACCUUGGCUGGGCCGGGAUGAAGAGCUGGCCAAAGUGGAGAUUGGAGUCUUGGCCACUGUCCUGGUGCUGGCCACUGGGGGCAACCUGGCCAUGCUGCUGAUCCUGGGCCGGCCUGGCUGCAAGCGCUCACGCAUGCACCUGUUUGUGCUGCAUUUGGCCCUGACUGACCUGGGUGUGGCACUCUUCCAGGUGCUGCCCCAGCUGCUCUGGGACAUCACCUACCGUUUCCAGGGCCCCGACUUCCUCUGCCGGACUGUCAAGUACCUGCAGGUGCUCAGCAUGUUCGCCUCCACCUACAUGCUGCUGGCCAUGACGCUGGACCGCUACCUGGCUGUCUGUCACCCCCUACGCAGCUUCCGGCAGCCCAGCCAGUCCACCCACCCACUCAUCGCUGUUCCCUGGUUGCUCGCCGCUGUCCUCAGUCUCCCUCAAGUCUUCAUUUUUUCCUUGCGAGAGGUGAUCCAGGGCUCCGGGGUGCUGGACUGCUGGGCAGACUUCCGCUUCCCAUGGGGCCUGCGGGCCUACAUCACUUGGACUACCCUGGCCAUCUUCAUUCUGCCUGUGGCCAUGCUCACAGCGUGCUAUGGCCUCAUCUGCCAUGAGAUCUGUAAGAACCUAAAAGUCAAGACACAGGCCUACAGGGCAGAAGGAAGGGACUGGAGGGCCUGGGAUGGGACCCCACCCUCUGCUCCCCCUGCAGCCGCCUUGGGGCUGCCCUCCCGCGUGAGCAGUGUCAGUACCAUCUCCCGGGCCAAGAUGAGGACGGUGAAGAUGACCUCCGUCAUCGUGCUGGCCUACAUCGCUUGCUGGGCGCCCUUCUUCAGCGUCCAGAUGUGGUCUGUGUGGGAUGAAAACGCCCCUGACGAAGAUUCCACCAAUGUGGCCUUCACCAUCUCCAUGCUCCUGGGCAACCUCAGCAGCUGCUGCAACCCCUGGAUCUACAUGGGCUUCAACAGGCACCUGCUGCCGCGCACCCUGCAGCACCUCGCCUGCUGCAGACCCCCACGGCCCCUGCUGCGCCGGCAGCUGUCUCCCAGCAGCCUCUCUAGCCGCCGUACCACACUGCUGACCCACACCAGCCACACUCCUGCCCUCAGCUUCAGCCUGGGCAGGAGCCCAAGGCCUGGAGAGUCACCCAAGGACUCGGAGCAGCUGGAUGGGGAAGCUGCCACUGAGACGAGCAUCUUCUAG